AUGGCGUCAAGCUCAGAUACUGUCUGGGAUCUCGACUCAGACCUUUCUGAGCCGACCUCAGAUUUCGAUGAUGUGACGGCAUCUUCCAUCAAUGAGGACUUGAUGCACACACCUCUCAAUGCGUCUGCUAGGUCAAAGCGUGAUGCCGACUCACUACAAGCUAGUCACGAUGACAAUGAGCGCUCCGCGAAGCGGCUUCGCACCCCACAAGGCAGCCUCAGCAGACUUGAAGAUUUGCCCACUGAAAUCCUCAAUCGGAUUGCUUCCGAGCUUCCCAACGAUGUAGAUUUAUUCAGACUCAUUCGAGCUUCCCCAGCCUUCUGCGAGGCCCUUAACCCCAAUACAUCUGCCAUCUGGCGAGCGAGAUUCUUGGUAAAAUGGGACCAUCCGUUUGUUCGAAACAACAAGUAUUUUGCAAUUGUGUAUCGAGAAAGAGGUUGUAUCCUGAAUCAAUUCGUCGAAUUCACCAAUGAGAAUGAGACGCGAUUGAUCUACCAGUUGGAACACCUGACAUGUAUGAUCUUGGAAGCGUACCAUCAGCCAGACAAGCACCUUCCCCCACCUCUGAAGUCUCUCAAUCUCGAGGCAUUUGACUUGCCAAAAGAUUCCCCUUGGAUGAAAAGCUUCUUGACAAACACCUUCUAUCCCAAAACCUUGAGUAGGGGUCAAAACAAAUAUGGUCAAUCACAUGCUCUCUUCGACGCGAUCCAAGUCGCAUUGUCCCACUUGGUGUUGUCCCCAGCUUCGGAGAUGGCACAGGCUGUGCAAUCCUCGAGGCAUAGGUAUGACAUGGCUCUGGUUUAUAACUGGAGCGGUCCGCUGGCAAUGAUUUGCCAUCGAGUUCCUAGUGUCGAAGCUCCACCUACGCCUGCGCAUGGUCCAUCGGGUUUUUCAAAUCUGACGCGAAGAGAUCAAGGGCCAAAGUACGAAGUCGACACUUAUGCGUUGCUCCAUGUACGAAAUUUCUUCCAUCGCCAUCUCAUCGAGAGCGACUAUGGUUCCCUGGAAGCCCACAGCAGCAUGAACGAACGCACGUAUGCCAGUAUGGCAAAUCUCUUGUGCGACGCUGGGAUCGCUCCUCGACCAUGGGACCAGAUGCUAGUCCGAGGUCUACCUCUGAUUGCGAACGAGUGGUACGGUCAUUACAGCUGUAUUCACCCGUGGCCGAAAAGAAGACAAGACCUGGAGAUAGUUCAAACUGAUGCCGAAGAUUGGAGCUCGGCUCACCCGCUUAAACUCGACAUUGUAAUUGCCAAGAAGAACGAUCUGGGAUUCUGGCCUCCCAUCUUUCGCGACAUUCCGAUCUUCAACGAAACCAUUCCGGAGGCACUAGAGUCCAGCAUCUCUUUCCGCGGGGUUGCACCCUUUGUCGACUUGCAUGUCAUGGACUCUGUGAGGAAUUCCACAUCAAAAGCGACUUUGACACUUCCGGGACUACCCAAGUACCACCCGUAUACUUCUCUCCGAGUGCGUGGUGUCGUGCACCCAAUUGGCAACUUGCCUCGACAAGAUCAGGUCGAAAACCCUCGUACGACUAUUCCUGGAUGGAGCAGGGUCGUCAUGAUCAUGUACAAACCCACCACGGACAUGCAAAUCGCGGUCCUUGAACGUGCCGAGCAGAACUUGAGCGGCUUCUUCGGCUCAGCCCUCAACAGCCUGAUGAAUCAAAAUGGACAGCCUCUACUUGGACUCCAGCAGCUAGCAGCGGCAAAUCUCGACCCCGAGGAAUUGGAGUUGGCGAGGAAGAGAAUUGUCGAGGAAAAAUUGUCGAGAAAUCCAGCAUGGCGCCAUCCCGAAAACAUGGACAAGCACGUCAUCGCGGAGAUGGAAGAACGCUUCAAGAGAAGUGAACACAUGGAGUGGACCGACAUGGACUACGCUUAUGCGUACGAAGGCAUCGUCCUGCCCGGUGGGAAGAUCAUGAUGGGUCGAUGGUGGAGAUGCGGCAUCAACGGGGCAUCUUCUCCCGGCUACGAAGUCGACGAACAAGGCGCUGGACCGGACAAUCCAGAUCAAUCAGACGAAGAGUCGGAUUCGGAAGCGGAGAUUGACCAUGGUGAUGACGAUGAUGAUCCCAUGGACGUGGAUGGCGGUGGUGCUAAGAGUCAUGAUGGUUUAGGAUCGUCUUCGGCAACCACUAGCGCUCGUGCCAAACCUGCCAGAAAGCGUUUUCCGAAGUUGGAGAGGGGACCAUUCGUCUUCUGGUGCUGA